GCGAGCUAUCGUGGAUUGGUUGGUUCGUUCGGCCUAUCGUGGAUUGAUUGACUGUUCACUCAGCCGUUGAUUGGUUGGUUGAUUGGCGAGUUCCUUGAGAUGGCGGCCUCGUGGACGAGUUUCUCUGGAUCCGAAGCAUAUUACAAAAGUAAUCUGGAUCUUGUAUUGAAAGAGAAUAAGCAGCUGAAGCUGAAAGUGGAUCAGCUCGAAAGAGAGAACCGCGAUUUGAGGAAGUCCGUUUAUGAUCUCAGCAUCAGGUUGUGUGCAUGCUUGGAGCAAGUCGGAAAGAGCGUUAAGCCCUUCAACAUCGACAGCAUUGCCACGAUGGCCGACAACGCCAUUCGCGGAGAAGUGGAUCCUGCCAUCCUGUCGGAGCUGAUGAUUAACCGUGCGGACUCACAAGGGCGUGACAAAGCAAAAGCCCACCAUCAGACGGAUGGACGGCAUAUGUACCUGAAGUUUGACUUGAAGGGACAUGCAGGUCCAGUUUACAGUGGCCAAUUUUCCAAGGCAACAAACCUCCUGGCAUCUGGAUCUUUUGAUCAGACCGUUCGUGUGUGGAACACGCAGACACAGAGAGAGGAGCUUUGUUUUGCAGAGCAUCAGCUCAUUGUAUCGGACGUGUGCUGGUCUGAUGAUGGUGCAGUUCUCUUGUCAGGUGGCUAUGAUCAUUGUGUUAAGGAGUGGGAUGUGGUGGCUGGGAAGGGCAUCCAUUCCUAUGGUGUUGGCCAGGGUUUUGUUCUUGCUGUCCGAUUCAAUCCAGCAGAUAAUGGUGUAUUCUUGGCGGUUGGUACAUCUAAGCUCAUUAAUGUGUUUGACCGACGAGACAGCAGCUCUUCUAGUGCCUCCUCCUUGGUGAUGGAGAAUGAUUCCAAAGUGAAUGCCCUACACAUCUACAGGAACGGAUUGAUGUGCCUCACAGGUGAUUCCCGCGGCGCGAUCAAGGUAUGGGAUUUUCGCAAGGGUGCCUGCUGCCUUGAGACUCUGUAUAAUGAAGAUGGCCAUAAACCGAUAUCUUGGAUGGAAGCUUCGCAUCCGGUUGUUGAAGAUGGUGAAGAGGAAGGACGCUACUUGGCCGUGAACAGCUUCGAUAACGUCCUCAGGGUGUAUGAUCAAUCCUCUGUCUUGGGGCAAGGCAAGCCUCUUCUGCAGCAGGGGAUGAAGAUGCUUCAUGCCAUAAAAGGCACGAGGAACAAGAAUUGGACAAUCAAGAGUUCUCUCUUUCGUGGCCAAGACUGUGAGUUACAAACAGCUCUAGCCUUCAUCUAUCAAUCAGAGGUUUUAGUUCUCAGAGAUGGAGAGGUCAUUGUCCACUUCUGCUAAGCUUCAAUUCCAUUGGCUCUUUUUGAGCCUUUAAUCACCCCUACCCCCUUGCCCAGCUAGCCCAUGUC